UCGCAGAGUUAGAACGUUUACGAGUGCAGCUUGGGAUGGGAUUGGCGGCUAUAUGGAGACGAAAAAACGGAAGCUGAGCGAACAGUUCGCCAACAGUGAUUGUCUUGACGAAAGUCUUGCUUGUGUAUCUACAAUCUUUGAUGGAGUUACCAUCUAUGUCAACGGUUUCACAGAUCCACCUGCAGACGAGCUGAAACGGUUAAUGAAGCUUCAUGGUGGCCAAUAUGCAUACUUCUACUCCAAAUCUCAAGUAACACACAUGAUUGCAAGCAAUCUUCCAGAUUCGAAGAUUAAAGAUAUUGGUAAAAAUGAGAAAGUUGUUCGUCCUCAAUGGAUUACUGACAGCAUUGAUACUGGAAAACUGUUGUCAUGUCAAGAUUACCUCUUGUAUGCUAAUACUUCACGAUCACAGAGACAGUUGUCAUUUCAUUCUGUUGUAUCUACAAUGCCAUUUUCACUCAAUUCCACUACAGAUGAACAUGACACAAGGCUUAUUGACAUUGACGCUGAUUCUGUUUUUGAAAAAGCAACAGAACACAAUGACAGUCUCAGCCUAUUUACCAACGUCAAUGUGAUACCUGAGAAACGAAUCGAGUCUUGUGAACAUAUCAAUAUGGAUACAGAGUCGAUUACAGGCUUUAGUACAGCAGCAGACAUCGAAGCUUGCUCAGCUAAUGAUGUGGAUAGUGAAGAGGUCAAGUCUGGCAAUGCUGGUGUAGAAACAGCAGAGCAGAUUAUGGACAUCUCACCAGCAGCCGAUUGUUUGACUUCUUGUUCACUCAGCGAAACAUUGAAGAUCAAAAAUAUUCCAAAGACUAACAAUGCCACUUUUGUGAAGGAGUUUUACAACAACUCUCGUCUUCAUUUUCUUUCUACAUGGGGUGCCGAGUUUCGUGAUUAUAUGGCAAAUCUCUAUGCACAAAAAGCUGGGCAUCUUGCUGCCCACAGGAAACAGUAUGACUCGUCUCGACGGACAAUAUUUCAUGUAGAUAUGGACUGCUUUUUUGUCUCAGUGAGUUUACGAGAUAAACCGUGGUUACGAGGUAAACCAGUUGGAGUUUGCCAUGCACGAAAUAAAUCACUGAAAUCAGAUAGACCCGAAUCUCGUCGUGAGCAAGAUGGUGACGAUAUUGACAAGGUCAUGGAGUCUGCGGAAACCGAGGCUCGUCUGGCUAUUGAACCUUGGUGGAAAGUUGACGGUUCUGAUACUGACAAAGUUUCUCAUGCUGAAGUAGCAUCUUGUAGCUAUGAAGCUCGUGAUUUUGGAAUACGAAAUGGUAUGUUUCUUGGUAAAGCUUUGAAGCUAUGCCCACAAUUACAGCUUGUGCCUUACGAGUUUGAGAAGUAUCGAGCGACUGCACAGGGUUUCUAUGACACAUUGGCAAGUUAUACAUUAGAGAUACAAGCUGUAAGCUGUGAUGAGGCAUACAUGGAUGUAACACACAUUGUAUGUGAAGGUCAGGAUGCUGGUGGAUUUGCGGAAGAGCUGCGUAGAGAUAUAUACAACAAGACUGGUUGUAAUGCUUCUAUUGGGAUUGGACCAAACAUUCUACUUGCCAGAAUGGCAACACGAAAAGCUAAGCCUAACGGACAGUUUCUGUUGACCAAGGAAGCUGCUAUAGAAUACAUGAUGGUUAGACCUGUAUCAGACUUACCAGGAGUUGGGUAUUCUACUAAGUCUAAGUUAGAAUCGUUUGGUAUUUCUGUGUGUGCUGAUCUGCAGUCCAAAUCACUGAGUUGGCUUCAGAGUGAAUUUGGGCAAAAAUCGGGUCGAUCUUUGUACCAGAGUUGUCGUGGAAUCGACGAGCAACCGUUGAGAAUUGUAAGAGAGCGAAAGUCGGUAUCUGCAGAAAUCAACUACGGCAUAAGAUUUGAACAAGAAUCAGAUGUAAAUGAGUUUAUGAGGAAUCUUGCAGUGGAAAUUCACUCUCGAUUAAAUACUGCAUGUGUGAAAGGAAAGCAGAUUACACUGAAGAUGAAAAUCAGAGCCGGUCAUGCCCCUAUGGAACCAGUAAAGUAUAUGGGACAUGGUGUCUGUGACAAUGUGUCACGAUCUCUUAUGGUGGCAUCAGCUACCGAUGAUUCCACCUUCAUUGCCAGCGAAAGUCUGAAACUAUUCAAGCAACUGAAAGUUCCGUUCCAGGACGUUCGUGGGAUGGGUAUCCAACUCAGUAAACUAGUGUCAACUCGACACAGACUUGCUAACUCUGGUCCAGCUUUACAGUCAAGAAUGCAACGAGACAUUACAUCAUUUACAUGCAACAUCGCUGAGUUGGAUGACAACGUGCCAGCAAGGGAUCAGACAAAACGUUCAGUUCUUCGAAAACAGCAUGCGAAGGAUUCGGGAGUGCCACCACUACCAUUGUUGCCAUUGUCACCUGAAGGGAACAGCAACGACAGGGUUGGAGCUUUGGGUUUGCAAGACAGCAUUAGCAAAGCAGCAAGUAGUCAUAAUAUUUCUUGGGAUAUACCACCGUCGUCUCAGGUGGAUCCAUCUGUAUUGGCAGCUUUGCCAGAUGAUAUUCGUAAGCCUAUUGAGAAUGCCUAUUGUAAGCGAGGUAUUGCAGUGUGUGACCAGAUGAGCAGCGGAUCUUCAAAAGGAACUCUUGCACAUACACGACAAGCAACGAAACAGGCUGCUCCUGCUACUCAUUCUCUUCCACCGUUUUCAGAGAUUGAUCCGGAAUAUCUUAGCGCACUUCCUCCCGGGAUGCGGAAAGAAAUUCUUGAUGCGUACAGUAUCCCUUCUAUUACACAACCAUUGACUUCACGCAAGAGUAGCAAGGCGGCUGUAAGGACAGGUGCAGCUUCUAAAUCUACGAGUAGGAGAAAGGCCACUACUUUAUUGCAACCACCACCAAUUGUGUCGAGCAGUAGUCAAUCUGUAUCGAGCAGUUCGAAUGCUACUGUUACAUCUAACCCAGAAUCAGCAUCAAAAACUCGUGUCUUGAAACAGCCCACUUUGCUCGGAGUCUUUGAACUGGCUGAUGUGCGAUCAGUAGUCAAGCAAUGGAUAGCAAGCACAGAUGACCCCGAAGAAGUAGAUGUUGAAGAGUUUGAAACAUAUAUUGACAAACUGAUGGAAAAUUGGAAGCUGGAUAUGAUUGUUGUGUUACUCAAGCUCUUUAGAAGGCAAGUAAUGGAGAAAGCCAAAUGGUGCAAGGUUUAUAACGAAGUUCUUACUUAUAUACAGCAAAGAGUAUCAGUAGAGUAUGGAGGACUUUUACAGUUGACAUAUAUAUGACACAGAAGCUGGUCACUCAAACGCUGGUCAGUAAGUUACAUCAGCAUGUCUGCCGGAAGCGAGGGAAGACUCCAACGGUCACCAUUCGUUCACACUUGUAGCACAGUUUGCUGUCUGAGUAAUUAACCUAAGCGAAACACAAUCAUCUCGUUUUCGCCAUGACGAUGACAUUGCAAGUAUUUAAUUAAUUAAAGUUUCAUGCGCAGUAUAAGUAUACGUUGUUGUACUGUUGUGCCAUUUGAUGGCCAAAAAUUUGCAUUUUGUUUAUGUGCAUGUCUGCAUGAAAUAAAUGGCGGUUGUUGCUGAGAGUGU